GUCGAGAGUCACGUGACCAGCAGAGUCACAUGACGUCUAGCGGCCGUAAACAGCUCAAUAUGUAAACCUCGCCGUUGUUUUAGCAGCAACUGUUCUCACCAAAUAAACGCUUGAAGUCGUCGCGGAAAAGAAAUUCAAACGGGUUGCUGAGUCUUGUAGUCUAUGGAGAGAAUGAAGGAUGAAGGACCCUCAUCUCAGGAUGAACCUUCGCAUUUCGAAGAUGCACAGCUGUCAGCGGAGGACCGCAUUUCUGUGGAGAGCUCAGUCCCUGUAGAAAAUGUGUUUAUAGACAAGGAAGCUGUGUACAAGCUGACAGAGGGCUUGCUUUCCCACUACCUGCCUGGCCUGCAGAACUCAAAACGCACCCUCCAAGAGCUCACACAAAAUCAGCUCAUAUUGUUGGACACACUGGACCAAGAAGUCACCAAGUUCCGAGAAUGCAACACCUUACUUGACCUGAAUUCACUGUUUACAGAGGCCAAGGUUUACCAUAACAAACUGGUCAAUAUCAGGAAAGAGAUGAUUUUGAUCCAUGAACGGACAACAAAACUAAAGAAAAGAGCUUUAAAGCUGCAGCAGCACAAGCAGAAGGAGGCGCUGGAGAGGGAGCACCAGCGUGAGAAGGAGCUGGAAAGAGAACGACAGCUUAUUGCCAAACCAGCUAAAAGAACAUAAGCAGUAUGGUGUUUUUGCAUGUUUUCAGCCCAUUUUCUACAACGCUCAAUAAUGUACGUAGCUGCUACCCAAUGACACUUAUUUAAUUGUUAUUACUUUAGGGACAUUUUUGCUUGUAAUUUGAGACAAUAACAUUUAAGGAAACUCAUAAAGAGGCCAAAGUGACCAUUUCAAAGGCUUGACACCAUCAAGUGAGUGGAUUUUUGUAUCCAAAGUUCUGCCUACUACCCAGCAUUUUUGUUUCUUUGUAUUAAAAUCUACCACUCUUAGUUUUCAGAAAUACAAAUGCAGUAUUCUCCACCAUAUGGUGUCAUAUCUACUUGUCAAUAUUCUGAGAAUUGCAAGAAGGUAAGAAGAAAUGUUGCAGUAUGAACACCUAUUUAUGUACAAAAUGAGUUGAGUACCGUAAAUGAAAUCAUGAUUGUGUUCAAAUACGAAAGACCAGUGGGCUUAAUAACAACAACGCAAGACGCAAUAUAUGGGCUAAUGAAUAGCAUGGUUUAAACAGAAAUGAUGGUCCAUGACAUUAACACAGACAAUAGAACAAUACUGAGAGGUGUAUUUUCUUUAUCAACAGUGAAAACUAAAUACUGCGCUGAUUAGACCGUAUGUCUGUUUUAAUCAGCCCGCAGAUGAGCCCGCGAGGAGUAGCACACUCACAAUGAAUUAUAAUGCCCAAACUGUGUACCGUAUUCUAUUUUUGUGGUUCUCAAGCUUUUCACACUAAGUACCACCUUAAAAAAAUAAAAUGAAUAAAUAUCAAAUGUUAAUGUACUGUGAAAAGUUAAAGAAGUCCGAUACUGUAUUGAAAAAGAGGCAGUUUGCAUAGCUAUCAGCUUUAAUCGAUGUUUCAUUGUAAUGGAUGUUUUUAAAUGUUGUAAAUUGGGUAUUUAUUUUGAUUUCCCAUAGCACUAGAGAUAAACCAUGUCCCAUAAGAGGUACUUCAUACCACACUUUGAGAAUGACCGUUCCAUUUAAUUAUGUCAUAAAUAUGUUCUUUAAGUACCGGUACGAUGAUACGAUCCUGGACACUCUCUCACAUUGACUGGUACUCAUGUGGUAUGCAGCUGUGCACAAUGCAAACAUGUUCUGUCACUUUUUUUUUUUUUUUUUUAGACCCAUCUUUUUUAUGACCGUAAUGAACAAAUAGCAUUAAAAAUCAAAGUCUCGUACUUAAAAAGACCACUCCUGCCCCCCCCCCCCCAAUAUAUUUCCCCCACCACGUUUUUUUUUUUUAAGACACUAACAGGCUACUCCUGGGUCCUUUUCCUAAAACGGUGAACAUUGCAUUAACUAAACCAGUGCAAUUUGUUGCUGUUUGUGGAAGAGCCAGGUAGUUUUAUUCGAACACUAUGCCAACUGCCUGACAGGAGUCCCAUUUUUAAGAUGCUUGUGUUCACAUAUUCAACACCUCUCUCUCCUGUGGUUGAGAGGAAAGACAAUUCAUCUGUGCUGUAUAUUGCACAUCGAGCACAUUUGUCAAUAAUGUUGACUUGAACUUCAACUAAUCUUGUCAUUUAAGAUGAGCUUUUGCCAGUAAAUUGAGAGAUUUAAAUAGAAAUCUAAAUUGGAGUAAAAAAACAAAAACAUGUUUCUCAGACAGAGAGAUAUGCAGUUUAAAUGCACGAAUUCUUCCAUACAAACAGUGAUGGAUUAAACGAAAAGAUGGAGAGUUGCUAAUAUUUUAUUGGUAUUCUCAACUGUCCAGCCCUAAAGAUAGAAUCAAUCACUAUCUGGUCUGUUUUUGUUGUUGUCGAGAUAAAGUGUGACUGGGAAUAUAAUUUUUACUGGCCAUUGAACCCCUCACAUUAUAAAGUCUUUGUUUAAAAAUGA